CGCCGACGGAUGAUACUGGCCAAGACGAGCCAGCGGCCGGCGUCGAGGACAGCAAUGAUGCGGUCGGGGUCGACAACGGGGAGCUAGAGGCUGAAGAUGAUGCCCAACAUGACGAUGACGACGACCAGAGAGGUGACGCUUGGUUUAAUGAUCGGUCGAGGAAAAUCACCAUCAAGAUUCAUGCCUCUCAGGUGCUAGAGCGCGAGAAUGCGCGUUGGGCGGCCGAGGACGAGUUUGCGUCGGUCAAGGAGGGCCUCAUGGUCCGGCAGCGGAAGCGCGCCGGCUCGCUCGGCGACAAGGACGCACUGAUGCGUCUGCGCCGUAGACUGCGGUUCAAGCUCGACGAUGGUGAGGUUGUUCCAGUUGUUCCGGUUCUGGAGCAAGCCAUCAAGUCGCCGCAGAUGGCGCCCGCGCUAGACGAGCUCGCGCCGCUGGUCAACGAGGCCGGCCUGGAGGAUGUCGACGACACGCUCGACGCCGACAUCGCCGCCAGCGACGCCGGUGCCACAAUCAGCCGGGUUAAGUUUGAGCGGUUGCUCCGCGAGCGCGACUCGCUGCAGCAGCGGCUGUCGGACGCGCUUGUCGAGCGCGAGGUCGCCUGGCGCCAUGUCGACGAGCAUGAGGCCAGCUUCGAGGAUGCUGUGGCCCAGGUCCGGCGUGAGUUUGAAGCCGAGCUUCGCGCAGCACGGAGCCAAGCUGCAAUGUUCGAAGCCGACGCCAAGCUCGGCAAUCUGGCGGCCGCAGAGUCUCAGCGCGACGCCGCGCUUGCCGAGCGCGACGCCGCACGCGACGCAGAAGCUGCCGCGCUUGCCGAGCGCGACGCCGCACGCGCAGAGGCUUCCGCAGAGGCUGCCCGCGCCGCCUCGCUUCAGAUUGACCUCGACUCGGCCCGAAGCUCUGCCGACGAGCUGGCGCGGCAUCUUGAUGCCGCCCGCACCGCCGCCGAGGCCGCUGCGGCGAGCGACAGCGCGGCUGAGCUGCAUGAUGCGGUUGCGGCGUUGAGAGACGAGCGUGACGUUGCGCUGGCGGCUGCGGCCCGGCUAGAGGCGCGGCUUGAGGCUGCGCUGGCUGCCCGAGACUCGGCUGCGGCUGCUCAUGAUGCUGCGAAUGCGGCACGGGACGAGGCUUUAGCGGAGCUGGGUGUGGUGGCGGCCAAGCGUGACGAGGCUUUGGCGGAGCUUGGGGUGGUGGCGGCCAAGCGUGACGAGGCUUUGGCGGAGCUUGGGGUGGUGGCGGCCAAGCAGUUGGAGGUGUUGGUGGCUGAGCGUGAUGAGGCCGUGGCUAAGCUGGACUCAGUAACGGCAGAGCGCGAUCAGGCCGUGGCUAAGCUGGACUCAGUAACGGCAGAGCGCGAGCAGGCUUUCGCCGACAAAGACGCAACAGUAGCAAAGUUCAACAAGUGCAAGACUGAGCUUGUCGCUGCACGCGCAGACCAGGAGACCGCCCGAGAUGCAUGCGCACAGCUCGAGACCGUCUCAGAUGCGCUCAACCACACUCACACCGAACUCGAGGCUGCCCGCGAAGAGUUGGCCCGCUUGGCAGCCGUAGAAGCUCAGCUGGCUCAGGCUCAGGCGGCAGCAGUGGCAGCAGCCGAUGAGCUAGCCGGCGUCAAGGCCAAACGCGAUGCGCUUGCCGCCGAAGUCAACGCCGCCCGUGGCAACGUCGCCGGCAUGGCUGCGCUCAAGGAUGAGCUCGCUACCGCGACAGCCGAGCGCAACGCCCUUGUUGCUGCCGUCGCCGAGUACGAAUCCGCGCUUGCCGAACUCCGCGACGACCGCGACAACCUUGAGUCCACGCUAGAUGCGGUCGAGGAGCGGAUGUGCAGCGAAGCCAGCGACGCCCGCGCCGGCGCCGCCCAAGUCAACGACGUCACCGCCGUUCUGCGCCAGGCCUCGGCUCAGGUCGCCACCGCCGCCGAGCUCAACGACACCAUCGCCUGGAUGCAGGACACGCUCGAGGAGCUGAUGGAAACCAACUCCCGUCUCAGCCGUGACAAGGAUGGCGUCUACGACGACAACGCCGUCCUCGCCCGCGAGAACGCCACCCUCCGCGAUCUCAUGGCCUCGGUCAUGGACACACUCCUCGCCGUCGCAGCUCGCCGCAACAAGGACAAGAAGCGUGCCGCCCGCACCGCGCAUCGCCUCGCCGCAGAGCGCGACGACGCCAUCAUCGUCGCCAAACGCCACGCCGCCACCGUUCUCACCGAGCGUCGUCGCGCUGCCGACACCGCCGCAGAUCUCGCCCUUGUCCAGGCAAAGCUCGACAACGCCAACAAGGCCCUCACUGCAAAGGCCGAUGAAGCUAGAAAGCUCGCGCUUGCCCUUGCCCGUCUCUGCGCCUCGCCCGAAUGA